AUGGAAACAAAUCCGUUUUUAUGGGAGAUUGUGGAACUUGCAGUUCAAUUAAGGGAAGAAAGGCUGUUUGUUAAUUCCCAACAGUCAUACAUACAGGAACUAAAUGAUAAAGUUGCUGCUAAAUAUUCACAGUUAGCACAAGUUUCAUGGAUUACAUCUCAGCAGAGGUUGAAUUUAAAUCAACUAGUCUUGUCAAGUCCAAAUUCGACACCUUCUCUUUGCUGUCAAAGGGCAAGAAAUCUUGAUUUGGCAAAUUUUAUCGAUGCUCAGAAGUACCUAGGUUUUCAGAAAUGCGGUAAUUAUGGAGAAUUAUUAUCAUUAUUACGGGAUUCUCCUGAACUCGUUGCUAGAUGUCUAGUUGCUGGGGAUAAGUCUCUUCCUGAAGAAAUGCCCAAAGUUAUUAGGAGUCUUAUUUCAGGUCUUUAUGGCAGUUGUGUUCUUACAGCUCAUAAAAACAUAGUGUUGAAGAUUUUGAAAAAUCUUAUCACUCUUCAAAUUAUUCCAUCAGAAUCUCCUAGAAGGUUACUACAGCAAGGUUCUUGUGCUUUUGCUAGACUUUAUUCUGCUUUUCAUGAAACACUCUUUGCUGCUAAGCUUUACCUUACUGCUGCUCUCAAUAAUCCUAUAAUGGGGUUAUUAAUGAUGGAAGAAAAAUACCUUGAUAUUGAUCCAGAAAAGAAAGUUGCUGAAAGAUUCUCUUUAGAAGAGCGCAUCAAAAGGUUUGGUGUAGAAGGAAGUGAAGAAUACAAGACUGGAAUAAGAAAGUACAAAUUUUCAAUUUUAAAAGAUUUGGUUAAAGUCACCCUGAGCUUUAUAAAUAGUUUACAUGAUAAUUUCCAUUGUUUUCCAAAUUCAGUUUUCUGGCUUGUUGGCCAAAUUCAUUCUUCUCUAAUGAAAGCUAAUACAAUCCCUGAGAAAGAGGUGUUUGCUAUGUGCACGGAUUUAGUAUUUACUCUCUUCAUUUGUCCUGCCAUAGUUACUCCAGAAACAUAUGGUAUUACGGAUGUGCCAAUCAGUGAUGUUGCACGUUACAAUCUGAUGCAGGUAGCACAAAUUUUACAAAUGUUAGCUAUCAGGAGAUUUCAACCAGUUGAUAGCCGUGCAGAGGAUCUUUAUUCCCAGUUUCCAAAGGAUUGUGUUUCUUCUAUUGUUGUUACUAUGAUAGAAGGAAAUCCAAGUAUUGAAGAACCUCACCAGGAAGAAACUACGAAAUGUGAAGGACUCUCAAGGCUUGUAUCUCUGUUUACUGAGUCUGAACUUCAUACAUUAGUCACAUUUCUGAGAACGUUGAUGAAUGAAAGCACCUGUGAAGAUCUGAAAAUGCAUAAAGAACUAAUUCCUCUUCUUAGUCAAAUUCCACCACAAAUAGUGAAUGGUCAUAGUAAAACAACAAAUAUCCCCAUAGCAGAGAAUUCUAGAAAAUCAAGUAUUUUAUCAAAAGUUGGUAAAAAUCGAGGAGCAGUUGGGAACAGUCAUAGUUUAGAAAAUGGGUCAUUAGAAGAAGAAGAUGGAAACUCAAUAAAAGUUCUGAUCAUUCCAUUGGAUGCUUGCUCUGACUCUUCUCAGGCUUUGAUUCCGGAACAGAAACUAUUGGCUUUGGAGAAAGAAACGGAAAAUGAUAAAAAUGAGAGGAGGAAUGACAGUGAAUCUCAUGAAAGACAAGAUGGUCAAGAAAAACGAACGAGAUUCUCUUUAUCACACGAUGAUGGAUCUAUAGGGAAUACUAGUGAUAAUUUAGACGUUGUUUCUGAAGCUCCAUCGAAUCAUAGUGUUGCUUCAUCUCUUGAACUUGAAACUGAAGAUCAAAACGAUAACCUUUCCGAUAUGGUCUCGGCUAAUGUUUCAGGACGAGGUUCUCCAAAUAUUUCUGGCAGGGAUACUCCUUCUUCUCAAAUGACCGAAGGAGAAGAAGCAGCUUCUGUUAGACAGCCGUUGGAUUUCACCCCUCCACCUCCUUCAAAAGCUUCAACACAGACGAAAUUUGAUAUCAAUGAUAAAUUUGGGAAGUUUGAAAUUGACAAACUCAUUCCAGAAGUGCCUCUUCUUGAUGAAACGUUCUCUCUAGUCAGUGAUACUUGGAGUACCGACGUUCUUGCUAGUGAUAGUGAAACUGUAGAACAGCAACCUCAGCGUCCUCUUCAACCCGUUUUACACGAAUUUACCACAAAUAAUCCAUUGUUAGGCGAUGCUUUGGAAACCGCUUCUGAAGCAUGGAGCACCGAUGUUGUUAUAUCAGAUUCGGACAGGCUAACUGAAGUGGAUACUGAUGAUACAGCCAGUGUUGCCAGGUCUGACGACACUGGUAGGUCAGAAGCAGAGAGUAGAGGUGAAUCUGAGGCUGUAGAAGAACCUGUAAUUGCCCAGCAAGUUGUUGUCUUGCGAAGUGGUAACAGAGAAGAAAUGACUCCUAGGCAGGAUUUACAGAGUCAACCCACAGUUGGAAACGUUACGGGUAAAGGAGGAGAUGAAGCAGAUUAUCGAAGGAGGACAAUAGAGUAUGUUGAUACCAAUAGAAAUCUUUAUUCGAAACAAGAUUUAGUCAUUGGUAUAUUAGAAGAAGGUGAAGAGGGUGCGUCAUUGAGAAAAAGUAGCAGUUCUGUCAGCUCGCCAGCACAUAGCACGUCUGAGCCUGUUAACUAUCCUUCCCCUGCUUUGCUACCUACUGGGCUGUCUACCAAAAUCCACUUCAGAUCUUCAUCUCAACAAACUUCUAGCCAGGAGAUAUCCAUUGAGGAUGAACGGAAUGAUAGGGAAUCUGUAGUACUGUCCGGAGGCUGCUUCAGUGCUUCUUCUUCAACGAGUGGUAGUAGUGUCGAAGCCAGGCAUAAUUCAACUGAAAUUCCUCUUUCAUCUGCUCCUCCUAUUGUUGUUCCAAAUGGAUCUGUUGUAACGGAAGGUUCUACUAGCAAGCCUACUGGUGCAAUACCAAAGAGUAUCAGUUUUGAUAAGACUGCGGAAAGGGGUGACAAAGAGGCAUUAGAUGAAGAUGGAAAACAUAAAAGAAGCUUUUUUAGAAAUUUUAAGUUACCUUUCAAAAACAGGAGAGGAAAAUCUUUUCGUACUGAUUGCUACGAUUCAGGAGCAGUGGGUGACUUGGAUUCAGUUGCUUCCUUGAGGCUGAGGAGGGGGCUGGUUGAGGAAACAAGGACUUCAAAAAUAGAUUCUUCUGAAGAUAUCCUAGCUAAGUAUCGUGGUAAAGGUGUUUCAAACGAAUUAAAAGAAAAGGAAAAUGUUUCUUUAAGAGAAGGUUCUAGGUGUGGAGCACGAAGGCAGUCUGUUUCAGCUUGUGAUAUAUUUGAAGAUGCUAAGAAAAAACUUCGCCUUGUGCUUAGCAAUAGUGAAAUUCACCAACUUCUGGAAUCUCUUCCUAUGCGCCAAGCCUGGGUACAAAAAGAAAAUGAACUAGUAGCAUAUCUCCAGUUGCAGUUAGCAGAAGCAAUAAAUCUUCAAGAUCGAAAUCUUGUACCUCAAUUAUACGAAACUCUAAGAUGCGUUAAAAUGCUAGAUGCUAGGCAGUGUCAGAAGGUUUUUGAGUCUUUGAAGGAGGAUUAUAAAAGUAGAGUGCCUUAUAUUUCCUAUUUAGUCAAAUGUCAACAGUCCCUUUUGUCUACUUUAGCCCACUUUGAGAGGUUACUUGCUCGAGUAAAUAAUGAUAAACGAGUUGUGUCUGACUAUCUGAUAUCGUUAUGUGUUCGACUUUUCUUGGAAAAAAGAGAAACACAAAUAUCUGCUUUCAUUUCAGAGUUCCAAGCCCUUAGCUUGGCCGAUGAGAAAAGCUAUCUCUUAGAAUCAUUUCUCGAAACAUUAUGUAGUGACAUGGAGAAGGAUCCUAAUUGGCAAUGCGGCAGCAGGGAUGACAUAAAGAAGGUUAGAAGAGCCUUUGAAAGAUCAUUGUGCAGCCGAGUGUACGUUCAUGGCAUGUAUCCUAAUGGAGAUGGAGAUUUAUCAAGAGAUCAAGUUCUCCGAGAGCAUAUUGCUAAGUUGGCUAAAGUAAUUACGCCUAACCACAAAGAUCUUCGUAUUCCUAAAAUAUUCCAUUGUGAAGUUCCUUGGAUGAGCGCUCAAGCUGAAAUCAGUGAGUUAGCUGCUUAUAGAAGUCCCAGAGAUAAAUUGCAAUGUAUACUCCGUACUAUAAGUACAAUCAUGAAUCUCCUCUCUUUAGCCUGUAUACCAGCUGCUGAUGAUUUGAUUCCGGUCUUGGUUUAUGUUAUUAUUAUGGCUAACCCUCCAUCGCUACUUAGUACUGUCGAGUACAUUACAAGUUUCUAUGGAAGCAAAAUGGAAGGGGAGGAGGAGUAUUACUGGACACAGUUUUGUUCUGCUAUUGAAUUCAUUAAAACAAUGGAUUAUUUUCAGGUGAGGACUGUUCCGUAUUAGAAAAUGCUCCGUCAUAGCGGGAAAUCUGUUUAUAGAAAAACAUUUAAAUUAAGACAUGAAGUUUGUCUAUGAGGUUAAAACAAUAGAUGGGGUGAAUUUAAUCAGCAAAAUUGAAACAUAAAUAUUUGUUAUUCAAUUUCAGUAAAGUACUUUUGAAUUACUUUGUUUUUUUUUAUACACUUAUUUCCGUAAUCUCGUUUGAAAACAUUGUAUGCACUGUUGGCGGGUGAUAUUACACUGGGGCUACUGUAUUUGUUUCGUUUAAAUUUUUUAAAAGUCUCUGGCUAUCUGAAAUCUUUGAUUGUCCAUCAUUUGUAAUAAGUAAUAAUUAAUUUCAUUUGAUUAAAUAAUCUUAAUGUUUGAUAGUCGAAAUGAAAACUUUCAUUAUAAAACUUAAGAUAAUUAAAAAUAAAUAAAUAUAUGGUUUCCUUGACAUUUAAAUAUCAAAUGGUACUACAGUAAUUGAAUGGAACUGCUUUCAUUUAUAACAAUUAAAGGAUUGCUGGUUAAAUUAAAUUAAACUUAAACUAUUUAAAUAUAUUUUACAACAUUUUAUUUUAUAGUUCUUUGUUUCUCAGUGAACUUGGCAGGUCUUAUGUUUUAAAUUGUACAGAAGUAUCUUUAUUACGUUUGCUUUUUUUUUUUUUCGCUGCUGAGCUUUCGAUUGGAAUGUAAUGCUACAUUAUUUGAACAUUGUUCUUAAUUUUGAAGUUAGUUUGGUCUGAUUAUCCUGUUAAUAUUUUUAUUUAAUACAUUUGCUUUAUUUUGUUCACGAUAUUAUCAAAAACAAUAUAAAUAUUUACGUGGAUUUAAUUUAUAUUGAUGGUCUUCUCUGUCAUAAAAAUAUUCUCUGAAAUUCUGAAGGAUCAUUGGCAAAAGUAUUUAAAUUUAAGCAUUAUAUGUUUAUUCGUGUUAAGCAAUUAUUUAAAAUAACUUUAUAUUUUUCUCAAUCAACAAUUUGUCUAACUGGAUCCAGUGGUACAUAUUUAGAACACUGCUGAUUUAAAUAUUUAUGUUAAGAAGUUUUGUUCUUUGAAAAUAUCUCUUAUUAUAUUGAUUACUGUUAUAAUUUUUAACUUCUUUAUGAUUUUUAUCACUCAUUCCACUUUUAAUAAAAUUUAGUUUCCUAACAUUCAAAAAUUAGUUUUACUUCAUACCAAAUAUUACUCAUUUAUUAUUAUUGAAAUGAAUUUAAUUUUAGAAAAAAAAAAAUAGUGAAAAAUAUUUUUGUAAGUUGUAUAUAUUUAAAACAGAUUUUUAAUUUUUGAAUUCAGAAGUGAAUUUAUUACAUUCCUUCAUUUGUUACAAUUUUUUCUUCUUCUGUGAUUCAGUUUUUUUUAGUUGUUUAUUUUUGUUGUUAUUAAAACUAUUUUGUUAUUUCUUUCUUUAUUUUUUUCUUCUUAUUUUUCAAUUAUUAUUCAUUUAAUUAUUUUAUUAAAUGCUGCUCAAAUAAAGUUAAUUUUAUUUAUCUGAAUCGUUAGAGAUUCCAUUGUGAGAACUAUUACAUUAAGAUGACAUCUGUUGUUACUACAAACCAAAAGCAUAUAAUUAAGGUUCUAAAAGCAUGUUUAAUUAUAGUCAAAUAUUAUUGAUUGUUUCGAUUUUUGUUUGUAUUAUUUAAUUUUAAUUUUUAAAAUGUCCAGUAGUUUUACAUAAAUAUUUUCCAUAUUGUGUAUAAAUUAUGAUCUAGUAUCUAUACAUUAUUAUAUUAUUAGUAUGGUUUUAUGUGAUGAUUUUAUUAUGAAUAAAUCAGAUACGAGAUUGGAAACUUACAAUAAGCAAUAAAAUGACUACUGGUAUAAAUUAUAUUUUAACUAAUGGCUGUAUCAAUAACUUUGAUUUUAAUUAUUUACCUUGUUUUAACCAUAAUCGUGUGGUUAUUAUGCAUUUAGUUGUGAAAAAAAAUUCGUGACGUUUACAAUUUUUAAGGAAAGCUUUCAAUGUUGCACUGUAACUGCUUGAUGAUUAUUUUCAUUACUCUUAAUAGUCUUAAAUAAGUUUUAUUUCAGGUGUUGGUACUGAGACAAAUUAUUAUAAUUUUUUACAAUUACAUAUAACAGUAGAAUAAUAUUUUUUAAAAUUCAGUUUGUACAAAGACUAACAUGUGAUUAUUAACUACUCAUUAUAUUAUUUACAUGGUAAAUAUUUGAAAUAUUCUUAAAAAUUGUCAGCUACCCAUCGAGUUUUGUUCCUUAAUAUAUUAUUUUGGCUGUAAUUUUACCAUUUCUUAAAUUGUUUGUGUACAUGGUCCUAGUCUGUAAUUAUAACUGCAAUUUAUGUAAUUAUUUGAAAUUUAUUAUAUAUAUAUUUUUAAAUUUGUUGUAUUCAUUUGAUUGACUAAUUAAAAUUUAAGGAUUACUGAGAAUACUCAUGAUUACGAGAUAUUUUACUUAGAAAUUUACUGUUGGGAAAUUUCAACAAAUUUUAAGUUACCCUGUGUGUUAUAUUAUUAUAUAAUUAGUUUGGAAAAAAAUUAAAAACAAAACAAAAAACUAAUAAUUAAUGCCUUAUAACAUAGGUUUAGGAAAAUCAGCUUAAAUUUUAUAUUUUCACUAAUGUAGAUGUACAGAAUUUAUUUUUGCAAAUUUGUUUUGUAUACAUUUGAAAAAUAGUUUUAGGAUUCUAUUUAUUAAUCACUAAUGUUCAUUUAAAAUGCAUAUAUAAUCAUAAAUUAAUGUACAAGUAGUGAUACCCUUAAUUUCAUACCAAAUAAUGUUUGUUUGUAAAUAAAUAUUUACGUAUUAAAAUUAUUUAUUUGAAUAAUACUAAACAAUAAAAUUAUUUAUGUAUGUA